CAACAUCCGGGAGGACGAAGGUUUCUGUCGCCUGUCAAAACGAACAUGAAACAGUGUCGUUAAUAGUGGAUUUGUCUACACCUGAAGGAUUAGCAGAUGAGUGCUCGAAGAUGAGCAACUGAUACAUUGUUUAGAAAUGGAAGAGGUAUCUGAAUGGAGCGUUUUCUGCCUCUGAAGAUCAGUAUCCGAGAUGUAAAUCCUCACAUUGUGUGCUCACUAUGUGCUGGUUAUUUUAUUGAUGCCACAACGAUUACUGAAUGUCUUCAUACAUUCUGUAAAAGCUGUAUAGUAAAGUAUCUGGAGAGCAGUAAGCAAUGCCCACAGUGUAACAUCAAGAUCCAUGAGACUCAACCCUUGUUCAACUUAAGAGCUGACAGGACUUUGCAGGAUGUUGUUUAUAAGCUGGUGCCAGGAUUGUUUGAACGUGAAGAGGACAGGAAAGAGGAGUUUUAUAGAUCACGUGGAUUGGGAACACUCAAGAAAGAAGGUUUGAUGACCAAGGGCACAGUAGCAGAAGAAGAUGAAGGCAGUAGUCACUGUCUGACAAGCUUAGACAAUCAACCCCAGGGUCAUCGUUACAGACAUGAUGAGCAGGUGUGUCUCUGUCUGGAACGUUACAGUCGGCAGUCUGUUCCCCAUAAAGGAUCAUCUCUUUCCCUGAGAGCCCUGGAGAAGAAGUUUGUUCGCUGCUCAGUGCGUGUUCUUGUGUCUCAUCUGAAGGAGAUGCUGAGCAGAAAGCUCAAUAAGCCAACCAAUCUUGAGCUGGAAGUCUUGUGUGGAGAAGAGUUGCUCCAGGAAGAAAUGUCCAUGAAACAGAUCUGGCUCAUGUUUUGGCACAAAAGGGAGUCUCCUAUGUUACUCUACUACAGAUUUAAAACCACCGAGAGCCCAUUGAAUUUAUCCGAGGAUAGGUGAUUGGAAGAGUUGUCUCCCUUAAGCGCCAGCAGAUCCGCUGUAUACUGCCAUCUUCUGCUUCAAGGCAAUGGUUUUGAAUCCAGAAAUUCUGUACAGUGGAUUAGCAAGCGUUAACAUUUUGACUUCUGUCACAAGCUUCACAAAAAAAGCAUUAACAUUUUGACUUCUGUCACAUGCUUCUCAAAGAAAGUAUUGUAGUAGCUUAAAACCAAAAAAUAUAGUACACGUUGAUUGGAUAAUUUGGUUUCUCUAUAAAUCGGUAUUCCGUUGUAUCAGUAGAAUGUGUGAUGUAAUACACAGCUAAAACUAGAUGACGCGGCAUAGUAUUGUGGGUUGGAAUAGGGGCUUUCUGAAGACAACUGAGAUGUGUGUUUUCAAAGAUUUAUAAUUUUAUCUGGAAAGUUCGGAUGUAGCCGUCCAUAUUUUAUUGUUUUGAGAAACUUAGGUUGAUGAAUUCUUUGUCGUUUAAACCUGUGUGAUUGAUUAUAAUAAUUAAGUAAUCAAGAAUGUUUUAGUGGUUUAAAAGUGAUAAUUAAAUGUUUUAGUGGCAUUUAUUAGUGUAUUAGCCCUUUCUUGCAGCGGUCAGUGAUGGCUUGUACAAGAUAUGGAUAUUGGAAACUCAUGCAUUUGCUAUUGCCUAACCUCAUUACAGUUUAAGUUUUACAACUGUUAUUGUCCAAACUGGUCAACUGGUCAAACCAAAGAUCUCCAGUGAACCUGAAGUACAUCUUGGUGAAGGGUGUUGAAUCUCACCAAUUUUAGGCUCUCAGUACAGCUUCAUAUUACACCCCCCCCCCCCCCCACCCGAGGGCUCUAUUGUUGUUUGCGCCAAAUACCAGUACUGAUUUUAAGACUGUUUUGAAAUGCAAUGCAUUUUGAAACUUUUUGGAGUGAAUAUGUGAGGAAUGUACAUUUGCGUCCUGCGUGAUCUGUUAAGUUCUGCUUAUUAUAGGUAUCUGGUUUGUUAAGUGGUUAUGGAUACCUAUGAUGAAUAUUCUAGUCUAUGACUACAGAAAUAUAUCGUGACACAGAUACCUGAUCUAUAUAUACAUACAUUACAUGUAAUACAUAACUAUAUAUUUUUUAUAAGGCAUUGUUCUUAAUCGAUAAAUAUUAGUCCACAAAUCACUUGUAUUGACCUAAACAUGUCAGAAACUUGUGAAGUACUGUUGUUAUUGUUAUAGCUUGUAAUGAAUGUAAAUGUUAAAUUUAAUUAAAAAUUGUUUUU